AUGAAGUGGAUCAACUUUUACAGAAACAGACAACCAAUCCAAAGCGGUGAUGAUAUACCAGCAAAGUUAACAGCGUCGUUUGAGUCCACCCGGAAAACAAGGCAGAAAGUCGAGGUUUUUAAUGAAGUAUUGACCAGAUUGAGGGAAUUGGAUGUUGAAGAGGCUAACGAACCGGGUUUUGAAGAUGAGUUGUGGGCUCAUUUUAGCAUGCUUCCUCUUCGUUAUGCUUUGGACGUGAACACUGAACGAGCAGAGGAUGUGUUAAUGCACAAGAAAUUGCUGAACUUGGCCCGUGAUCCUCUCACUAGACCUGCUGUUGAUGUUCACGUUGUGCAGGUUCGCCCAGCCAUUGAUGGAAAUGGUGAUUCUAUUAAUACAAGUGGCGUUGAAGAAGGAGAUGCUGUCCAGCUGGAUAGUCUACACCCACCGCCUGCAUUUGGACUGUCGUCAAAUUAUGAACUUGCCCUUGAAGGAACUAGCUCUGAUCCUAAAGAGGCGAAUAACUAUUUGAGUAGAAAAUUACACUUUUUGCGGCCACUUCAUGAGAUAGCAAUUUCAACAAAGGACAAACCUAAGCUCCUUAGCAAGUUGACUUGCCUGCUGUCUGAAAUUGGAUUGAACAUUCGAGAAGCUCAUGCUUUUUGCACAAUUGACGGUUAUUCGUUGGAUGUAUUUGUGGUUGAUAGUUGGGAAAAGGGUAUUGAGCAUCUCAGAGAUAUAUUGAUAAAGGAAGUUCCAAAUCUCGAGAUGUUGUCAUUGUCUAAACAGGAGCAGAUAUGUCCAGGUGGAGGGCAGGGGCAAAUUGGUUUUCUAUUACCACCAAACCAUGUUAAAAUUCCUUUUGAUGAUAGUGAUGUAUGGGAAAUCAAUGCAAAAUUGCUGAAAUUUGAAUACAAAAUUGCUUCAGGAUCAAAUGGAGACUUGUACAAAGGCUUGUUCUGUAGUCAAGAUGUGGCCAUCAAAAUUCUUAAAACCGAGUGCAUUAGUGGAGACAUGCAGCGAGAGUUUGCCCAAGAAGUCUACAUAUUGAGGAAAGUCCGGCACAAAAAUGUGGUACAGUUUAUUGGUGCUUGCACAAGACCUCCGCUCUUAUGCAUUGUUACUGAAUUUAUGUCUGGUGGAAGUGUGUAUGAUUUUCUCCACAAACAGAAAGGUGUUUUCAAGCUUCCAGCCAUAUUGAAGGUCGCAAUCGAUGUUUCAAAGGGAAUGAGCUACUUGCAUCAAAAUAAUAUAAUUCACAGGGACCUAAAGGCCGCAAAUCUUUUGAUGGAUGAGAAUGAAGUUAUUGAGCACAAGCCGUACAAUCAUAAAGCCGAUGUUUUCAGCUUUGGGAUUGUGCUGUGGGAGCUUCUCACUGGAAAGGUUCCAUACGCACACUUGACCCCCUUGCAAGCGGCAGUGGGCGUUGUCCAGGAGGGACUAAGGCCAAAGAUACCAAGGCAUACUCAUCCUUCUGUAGUGGAAUUGCUCGAGAAGUGCUGGCAGCAAGAACCGUCUCUAAGGCCCGAGUUUUUUGAAAUUACAGGGAUUUUGCAACACAUGGGCAAAAAGAUUUUGGAAGAAGAGAGGACUGCCAAAAGAAGAAAUCUGGGAGAAUCAUCUCAACUCGCGAAAGAAAGGGCUGUAACAAUGCAAGAAAAAUGAAAAUGUGGUACGAGCUGUCUCUGUACUGUACGUACACGUAAUUUUCUAUCGAUCAGUGUGUAUGUCGGGAUUUAAAACUGUAAAAGGAAAUAGGGUCCAAGAGUGAAGAGAUGAACUUGAGAGUUAUUUCUAACAGCGAUAUAGUACACGACAUACUUGUUCUAAUACAUAUAAGAUUGUAAAGUUUGUUCUAGGUUUCUAUUUGACCCGAGAUCAAAGAUCCAGCCGAUUUUUGUCCCUUUAUGAUGGCUCGGUUAUAACUGCAAGUUAUUUCAUGUCUUUGAUAUAUCUAUUGUAUGCAUAGAAGUGCAGGGUGAAUGAUGCAUUCGUAUAGAAAAAAAAAAAUGAUGCAUUCAUGUAAACCACUUUCUAUGAAUAUCCAUUUGGACUGGCAAGUAAUCUGUAUUGAUUUUGGUUUGUGUUUAUGUGGUGAGUUUCAAACAAGCAGAUGGAAAUUUCUGUGGCAUGUCAUGUAAAAGAAAGUUGUGAAAUUUAUUAUUUCAUGUGUCCAAAGGAUUCAGGCAGUCG